AUGGGCUGGACAAGCCGGUUCUUAUUAUUUGCACGCGAUGAGCGAGUAAUUUUAGUUAGUAUCGGGCUGGCUACGUUUGGUGUGGUUAGUACGAUCAUCACAGCUCUCACGUUGAUCCGAGACGACAAUGAGAUUCCUCCGUCGGAGCCCAAGACGCAGUACAUCACGCAGGACACCGAGGACUCGCUUCAGUCAGACACAUUGGAAAAGCUUCUGGACCAUCCAAACUUCUCAAUCAAAGAAAUUGCCGUCAAGAUUCUUUGCGACAGAGCUGCUAAUGACCCUGAAGUAAUAACAUAUAUAUGGUUCGGGAUCACUCGACCAGAUUAUGAAGAGCGAAUGGACUCCCUGAGGACGCUUGCUGUGCUCACCAGCCAGACAGGCAAUGAAGGGCUGGCGAGACUGCAUGACGAGAGAGCCUAUUCCGCCUUGGUGCGAUGCAUGGAGUUGUGCAUGGAGAGCGCCGAUCUCCCAGACGUCACUGAUAUUCACUGGGACGAAUACUUUCUCCGCGAUAUGGGCGAAAGAUUCUGCCUCAUGUUUAUCACAGAGCUGAUUAACAAAUACGGGGCCACUAUGCUCGUCAAGGCCAAGUUUGUUGAGAAGUGGCUUGCGAAGCAAGCUUGGGGGAAUACUGCUGAGGAAAGACGCCACAACUUUAAAGACUACAUGGAGUUUCGAAAUAACCGGAUAACCGACAUUGUGAACCGCAUCAAGCAUUCGCGGCGUGGUUUACGGGCUUUGGAAAAAGCAGGGCUGAUUGAUAAAGAAAGCUCUCGACGUAGAAUGAGAGAGCUUCCCGAUCUGCUCAUGGAAGUGGAAGAGGAGAUUGCAGCGGGAGAACAUUCGGGAGAGCAACAAAGCCGGCGGACUAGGGAGCAUUCGGCAGAAGAACAAAGGCUUCGGCGCCAACAUCGCGAGGCAAUGGUUCUCAAUGACGGAACACGACCCCUGGGCCGGGAAGACAUUAUUGAGCGAGACGCAUCUCCUCCAGCAUGA